GGUGUCUUCCAACCAUGAACUACAUACUUUUACCUUCUUUUAUUUUUCUUUUCAUCCCUUGUGCUUUUUCCCUAAGCUUACAAAACAAUGCUUGUCCUUUACUUCUCGAAUAUCACGUUGCAGCUGUUAGCCCUCGCUGUUACCACAAUCCUGAUGUCCUCUCAAACGUCAUGACGGUGACACAAAGACACGGAUAUCAAAUCAAGGCAAACAGUGUGACCACCAGUGAUGGGUAUAUUUUAACAGUCUAUAAAAUCACCUCGAGGAAAGCCCAAGGACCCAUGAAACCCAUGUUCAUCCAGCAUGGGGUUGCGACGAAUUCGGGGCCUUGGGUCGAUAUCGGGAACCGAUCGAUUGCGUUUUAUUUCGCCGAUAAGGGCUGGGCGGUGUAUUUGGGUAAUACCAGAGGGUCGACGUAUUCAAACAAACACGUCAAGUUAACCACWCAUGAUGCAAAGUUUUGGAAUUAUAAUUUGGACGAUAUUGCAGCGGUUGAUAUUCCAACUCAACUCGAAUUUGUUUUUAACGAUUCUGGGCAAAAAGCCGUCUAUGUUGGCCAUUCCAUGGGCACCACUGUUUCCUUCAUGUUUGCCUCAAAAUACCCAGAUUUGGCGAGUCAAUACCUCGAAAGAAUUGUUGCCUUAGCUCCUGUUGUUUAUCUAAAUGGAGACCUAGCUAUCACAUUAAUUAAACCAAUUGCGACACCACUUUUAGAUAUUUUGGACAUAUUGCAUAUUUGGGGGCUAUUCCACCAUGAGACUUUAAUCCACACAUUUUUGGURAAAUUUUGUCCUAACGCUCCUCUUGUUUGUAGACUAUUCCUAGAUAUAUUUGCUGGUAAAACUACUCAGUUUUCAGCUGCAGAUCUUUUGGUGUACUACAGUUAUUGGCCGAGUGGCAACUCGAUUUUCCAAUUCAAACAGUAUUUGCAAAUUGCGAGUAGUAAAAAAUUCCAGAUGUACGAUUUCGGUUUGAUAAAAAAUAAACAAAUAUAUGGGUCUUUCAAGCCGCCAACUUAUCCACUCAAAAAUUUAAGAUUGCCGGUGCAUUUGUUUUAUGGUGAAAAUGAUAGUUUGUACAGGAAGAAGAAUUUGAAAAGAUUGUUUAAUGAGAUUGGAAGUGAGGAAAAAACGGCACUUGCGGUUGGGUCCGAUGUCGGAAAGCCUUUCGAUCAUAUUGAUUUUCUCUACUCUGAGAAUUUGAUCGAAUUGCUUUACGAGAAGAUGGCGCAGGUUUUGGUAGGGGGAGGGGGAGGGGGGUUACCAGGUGGACUGGAAGGCGCUGAUGAUGAUGAUGAUGAUGAUGAUGAAGACGAGGACGAGGGUGGUGGCGAUGAUGCUGAUGAAAAUGAUCACCAAGGCGACGACGACGACAAAGAUGACAAAAAGGAAAAUGAGGACAAGAAAGAUGACGACGACAAAGAUAAUUAAAUAWMGUUMUUUGMUUGWAMUUUUUAAAA